AUGAUGGUGAUGAUGAUGAAUCAGGAACAGAAGUCAAAGGAGAUGAAGAAGAAGAAGAUGAAGGAGGAGGAGGAGGAGGAGAAGGAGGAGGAAAAGACGAAGGAGGAGGAACAAAAAAAGGAAAAGAAUCAGAAGAAAUAUGAGAAGGAGAAGAGGAAGAAACAGAAGAAGUACGAGGAAUCUCAAAGAUCGUCUCAAAAAAUUGAACAUGUCGAGACGUUCGUUCAAAUUGUUGCAACCACUGAACAAUUCGCCGAUCUAGAAACAACGACGCUAGAUGAAACAAUUGAAAGAUUGAAAGCCUACGAAGAAAGGACCAAUCUGGUGGAUGAAAACCUCGUAGACAAUCAAGAGAAACUUAUGUUUACACAACGCGACAAGAACUAUGGUCGUGGAAGCCGUUUUGGAAACCAUGGACAAGGAAGGUUCAAUUCAUCACAAGGCAAGUGGCGUGAUGAAAAGUUUAGACAGGAAGAAAGAGGCAGAAGUAUCUCACGUGAUGAUUCCAAGAACAAGGACGAAGGUUAUGAUAGGAGGAAUAGAAACCCUAGAGAUCAAAAUCGCUUCAAGAAAGAUAUGAGAGAAGUGGAGUGUUACAAUUGCCAUAAGUUUGGACAUUAUGCGUCUCAGUGCCAGAAAGCAAAACAAGCACAGGAAGAAUCACACUUGUUAGAAGAGGACGAGGAACCAACACUUUUGAUUGCAAUUACAGAAGAAGAAAGUUCAGAAACAGAAAGUGAUAUGAAAAGAGAAUUAGAAUCUUGGAAGUUUGAUAUGCUCCAGGAUUUUGAAAUAAAGAAACAAGAGUUCGAGACUGAGAUGAAAAACAGAGAAAUACAUUUUGAAAGGCAAAUGCAUGAAAGGGAAACACCAUUUGCAGAAAAGAUGAGCAUAGAAAUUAAAAAGUUGAAGUCAGAAAGCAUACAGAAACAUGAAGUAGUUCGUGAUAUACCAUCUAAAGACGAACCUGACAUAGACAUAGAAGAUGACACGCAUGUUAAAGAUGGAGAUAUUCAAACGUGUGUAAACAUCAAAGAAUUUGCUCAUGUUCAAAACAAAGGUUGUGUUGCAAUUGUUGGAGAAUCAGAUCAAGAAGUCAAGCAAGUGACCGGUAGAAAACCGAAGUUUAAAGACAAGGAUCUUCUACAACAAAUUCGUGAAAAAGAUGGAGAAGCACAUGAUGGCAAUCAAGUCACGGAGAAGGAUCAUGGUGCAAAUAAAGAAGAUCAAGUAGAGGAUGAAGACUUCAUUCUCUUGAAGAAUGAAGAUGCUAAAGCAUGA